UUCGCGCCUGCCACGACACGUCCGGAUUCUAGUAGUGGUUCGGCUCCGGUUUUCGUGACUUUAUUAUAAUUGUGAUCGAGUCCGGAUUAAACCGAUUUCAGGGAGUUUUGAGGAUAGAGAGACGUUCAGACGGGGUGCAGAAAACGAUUCAAGGAUUUUGGACAAAUUUUGAUUGAGAUAGAAGAUUCGCCGUGGAUGGGGUGUCAGACUGUAACCGCGAUGGAAACCGAAGAAGAAGACAGUGAAGAAACACAACCUGUACGAUGAUCCCCCCAACUCACACCAUGCCAUCUCUUAAUCUCCACUUGGCCAUCAUCAUCGGCUUUUGCACCCAAAUGAUCGUAGCGGACUGUCCGCGAUUAUGCGAGUGUAAAUGGAAGAGUGGCAAAGAAUCGGUUUCUUGUCCCAACGCAAACUUAUCUUCAAUACCUCUUCAUCUGGAAGCCGGCACUCAAGUUCUCGAUGUCUCCAAAAACAAUCUCAUCACUUUAAAACACGACGAGUUUAGCAAAGCAGGCUUACUUAACUUGCAAAAGGUGUACUUGUCUCAAUGUCGACUAAAGAACUUGGAACGGUACGCUUUUCGUAAACUAAUAAACUUGGUCGAGUUGGAUUUGAGCCAUAACUUCUUGAGUAGCGUUCCUUCACACACGUUUGAUUCUAUUCCCGAAUUGCGGGAACUAAAACUCAACGAUAAUCCCAUACAAAGAAUACUCAACGAUGCUUUCAUUAAUGUUCCACAACUGAUACGUUUGGAAUUAUCAGAGUGUCGUAUUUCGACUAUCGAACUCCAAGCCUUUCACGGUCUAGAAUCUUCACUCGAAUGGCUUAAACUCGAUUAUAACAAACUAACCGAAGUGCUAUCUUCUUCUUUUACGAUACUAGAAAAUUUGCACGGCCUCGAACUCGCCGGAAACCCUUGGAACUGCUCGUGUCCUCUCCGCCCUCUCCGCGAGUGGAUGUUACAAAAAAAUGUCCCUUUCGGCAUCCCCCCCAUCUGUCAAAGCCCCAAACGUCUUCGGUCCAAAACCUGGGACAAAUUAGACCUCGACGAGUUCGCCUGCAUCCCAGAAAUCUUCGCAUACGAGAGUAAAACCCGCGGAGUAGAAGGCAAAAACGUCACAAUGACUUGCCGGAUCACUGGAAUCCCGGAACCCUCAGUCCGAUGGUUGCUCAAAAAUAAAGUGAUUGCGAAUCUUUCCGGUUCCUCUUACUCCAACGGUAAAAAACUCUACAUGGUGCACUUGUCCAACAACUCGAGUGAUUUAACUAUUUUCAGUGCCGAUCUGCAAGAUGCAGGUGUGUAUGUGUGUGCCGCGGAAAAUAAAGCGGGUCGUGCUGAAGCUAGUGUGACAUUAGCCGUGAUUAGGAAACCGCCUGAAACCGCUUUCAAUAAUAAAAUAUUGAUUGCAAGUGUUAUUACGGGUAUUGCGUUGGUUUUAGCCUCGUGUUUGAUCGCACUCUGUGUAUAUUCGGUGAGGAAGAAACAAAUGCUUACAUGGCGGACUCGCGAGUGCAGGCGGGAGGACAAUUAUGAGAAGAUUGAAAUGAAUCAUAAAGUGUCGGGGAAUUCGAAUGGAGGAACGGUACAAGCAGAAAUCGCGGUUGUGGCAACAAAGAAGAAUGGGGAGUAUCGGGUUGUGCCAGUGGCGGAUAAUGAAGAGGUUGAGGAGGAGGAAGAGAGCAAUGUCGAAGCAGCAGCAAAGAGGAUAUGGCAAGAGAGUGCCGUUGAAAAAAGGUGGAACUCGCCGGAACAUCUUUUGGAUCCUGAGGAUCUUCACAUACCAAGGAGGACUCUACAAGAGGCAAGAGACGAUAUCAGGAAGGGGUUCAAUUCGACGUCUGGUAUAUAUAGUGGAUACGAGCAGCCGUCGACAUCACUAAGCCAAAGCGUGGCACCGCAUCUCCUACGCAGGCAAAUAUCCGGAGGGCACGCGACAACCUACAACAGCGAGCUGUCAAGCCUGAUGGAGGACGAGGGUGACAAGAAAUAUCCGGAUUUGAUUGAGAACUCUUCGUACAAGUUCGGAAACAAGGCGAACAGCGUAGGUGGCAGCGUAGCCGACAUAACAGAAUUGUUCUGCACUUUGCCACGAAAAAGAACCCUCAUUCAAAGCUCGCGUUAUAAAAGCAGCGACAGCCAAUCACCCCUGCUUCCGGAGAGCAGGUACGGCAGCAGCGGCGGCGACAGCAGCUGUGGCAGCCAGGAAUCCGGGCUCCGGAGGCUCUCCGACUGCCCCAAGUACUCGGCGGUGAAUCUCAACAAAAACAGGGUAAACAAAAUCUCGAAUAGUUACUUAAACUUGACGCGCGAGGAGGACCUAACCUCGACGCCGUUGCUGGACGUGACAGGGCUGGAAAGCAGGGUGGGUUUCUCCCCCACGUCCGUCACCCCGAAUGCUAAUUCCUACGAUUAUCAUGCGGCCCAGCUGGAGCGGUUUCUGGAAGAGUAUCGCAGCCUCCAGAAGCAGCUGACGAAAAUGAAGGAAACUUGCGACAACCUGUGCCAGGAUCAUCUGCAAGCGGGGUCGCCGGCGGUGACCCCGUCGACGUCGAACGACGAUGUUCUGAGGAAUAAUCCGGUGUCGCCAAAUUCAAAUCAGUCACUCGAGGACUCGAUUGAUUUUCGCAAUUUUGAGAGCGAACUCACCAAGUAUUUGCUCGCCAAAAGUUCACCCUCCCCGAAAACUUUCACCAACAACAGCGGAGUGUUCAAUAAUUGAAUUUUCCGACAAAAAUUUAUGUCACAGUGAUAAUUACGAUGGCAAUUGUCGGGAGUGAUGCUAUUCUAGAACUCUUCUAAAGGAUUAACUCGACUCCUGCAAAAUUUUUACUAAUGUGAAUAAAUUAACAACAUUGUACAUAUCUGGAAUAAUUGUUACGUAUCAUUUGUUUGUUAAAUGUUGAUAGUUCUAGCAGACAUUUGUGAUAUUAUAAAAGUAGAAUUUUAUUUAUUGACUUGAUGGGUUUUUCAUAUCGUACGAAUUACGUUCUACUGUAAUAACACAUAUCCUUUAUAAGUUUGUAAAUUAUUUAAAUAAAUGCAUU